GACUCCACCGCCGCCCUGGAUCACCAACACGGCAACACCAGCACAUCCCCUGCCUCUGCCCCUUCACCGUCGCCGCCCCUGCCCGAGAACCGCACAUGACCGACCGCAUCUCGACAUGCGACAACCUCCCUCUGUCUCCGCCCCUGCUCCGGCGGUCGCGGGCUUCAGAACUGGCGAGGAGGGUUCGACCCGCACUGGACAUGGGAUGGGCGGCGGCACCGAUGCGUCUCCCAGUCCAUCGAAGACGCGCAGGAUGGCAAGGCGAGGUUCGCUCAGGCCCUCUCCGCAGAUGUCCAGAAGAUAUCCUGCUCUCCUUCAGAAAUUUUCCAAAAUAGAUUGGCGAAUUUUUUUCAGUACCAUGUGUCUAUUGAAGACUCAAGUUGGAGUUGGAUCAUCUGGCUUAGGAAUACAUGGACGCGAACGACAAGAAGAAUAUGGAGGUUGCAUAUCAAUUUUUUCAUUCCUCUGUUCCUAUGUAAGGAACCAUGGGAAGAGCAUAGCUACUAUCAUUGCUAAGAUGCCAUGUUCUGGAUCUGCCUCAAGAAGCCAUGUCAAGCCCCGCCAGAAGAUGAGUGCUGUUGAGCAUGCUGGAAGGUAUGCUUGGAGAGGUUCGCAUGGGCGUGCAUGAUUGAGCCUUGUCGCUAGAGAGAGAUAGAGAGAGAGGGAACAAGGGAGAUGUGCCUUCUUGUACGUGUUGCUACUCUUCUGGGACUGCUUCAUUUGAGAGGAUGCACUAGGCGGAUGCUACUGAUGCUUGUUCUUCACCAAAACCGAAGGAGUUGUUGCUUUCCAUGGUCGGUCGCCGCUUCUUCACCAAGGGAAACUACUCGGCAACCCAACGACCUCCUCCCACCUUCAGGUGUAUAGUACUCCUGCAAAUCUGGUUAGCUUUAAAAGAUUAAAAAAACAAGACAACGUGCACUACAUAUAAUCUGGUUAAUCAUCAUUAUCUAUUCAAUUCAGGACGUUGUUAUUCUUUAAUUGUGAGAUAUGUAGUGAUAUACGUGAAAAGAAAUAUGAAGGCUGAUAGAUUGCCUCUUGUAUUAACUGGGCUAGCUGCUAGCUAUUGGAUUUGGAAUGCAUCUCUGGUUGAUUCAACAUCAGAAUUAGUGAAUGAUUUU